AUGCCACCCAAACAGAACGCACCCGAUGACCCUCCCGACAUGCCCAUCUCCCUACGCCUCAAGUACGGCGUCCACACCAUCUUUCUCCUCGUCGACCCUCUCGCCCCAUUCUCCGAGCUCACCACAGAGCUCUUCUCCGUCCUACAGGACCGCCACCCAGACGGCCUGCGACCCAGCCUCGACGAGGUGCCUACGCCCCUCCCAGCAGAGGGAGCAGACUACGACAUCGCAUACGGCGUCCUCAAGAACCCCCACGACGACAGCAAGGGAUGGAAGGACCUCCGAAUCAAGGGCAACGAGACCCCCGUCAGCAAGGGGUUGAGGAACAAUGACAUGGUUGCGUUCGUCGUUCGCGAUGCCGACGAGGCCGACGACGUCCCUGUGUUUGUGGUGCACCUGCCCAAGUUCGAGGAAGAGGAUGGAGACGAGGACGGCAACGAGGCUGCAGAUGGAAUGGACGAGGACGAAGAUGAGGAUCUAUAG